AACGAGCAAUUUAAGGAGACCGCUGAAGGAAAAGGAUCUUAUCACAUCUACAAUGAAGAACCAAAGGAGAGAAUUGAGCGUUAUUCUGCCUAAUAACAAAGAGCUAAGCUUGACUGUUGGGGUUAAGGACAGAGGUCAAGAGGUGUUUAACCAGCUGUCUGAGCUUCUCGGCAUCUCUGAGCUACAUCUCUUUGGUCUGAGUGUUGUAAAGGACAAUCAACCUCUGUUCCUGGAUCUGGAGAAGAAAUUGUCUUUGUAUCUCCCAAAGUCCUGGAAAAAGAAUAGCGCAAAGGAAAAGGUGAUUCUCUCACUGCGAGUGCAGUACUUUGUGGAAAAUGCUCAGCUAAUUGUAAACCGUGAAGCCCGUCAGCUGUAUUAUGCCGAGCUGAAAGGGAGAGUUUUAAGAUCUGAGUGCUUCGAGCAAGAAGGAUUGUACUUUCAGCUGGUUGCAUACGCUCUGCAAGCUGAUCUGGGGAACUACCAAGACCAAAAAUUUCAAUACUUCAGUCCACUGGCAUAUUUCCCUUUAUGGAUUGUACAGAAGCAUGGCAAAGAUUAUAUCCUGGAGCACACCCCAACCUUGCACAAGGAACUUAAGGGCAUGCCAUCCAGUGAGGCUGCCCUGCUUUUCUUACAGGACGUGUUUACCCUGAUUGAUGUGCCCGUCACCAUCUAUAGACUGUUCAAAGGAAAGAGGAAAACACAAAACUGUGUCAUCUUGGGCCUGACAUUAAAAGGACUGCAGAUCUCUGAGAUGCUUAAUGGAGAACAUCAGUUUCUGUAUAAUUUGCCGUGGUCCACCAUUCAUUCCAUUAGCUAUCAGGGCAGAAAGUUUGAGAUUCGUGCUGAGGUCUUGUUUGAGAAAAGUCUGCGAUUGUUCAGUUGUUCAAUCCUUCAUGCCAAGCACCUGCUCCAGCACAUAAGCAACAGUCACCGCAUGCAUCUCAACACAAAGCGAUUGAUCGCACAAUCAAAGCACACCAUCACUCUCCCAUGCACCACAUAUGGAGGGAGACACAGAGAAAUGUACAUCACAGAUGGAGCUGAUCUUGACAUGGAGGACAGUGAUGAUGAACUUCCACAUAUGAAAUUGUUCUUGAACCAGAAGCCUUUUACCGGUACCACUGAAUGUGGAAAUGUCAAAGAUAGUGGAGAGGAGUACAGUUUAGAGAUGAGUGUUGAUGAGCCGGAGGAGAUGUUUGUUGAUGAUCCUGAAGAUGUCCUGCGUUUAUUUGAGCUGCUGGAGGGAGUAUCUGUGGAUGAUCCUUUACUUCUGCCUAUUUCACAAUGGAAAGAUCUCACAGAAAUGAAUGACAUAUGACCAUCUUUUUCAACUCCUAUAAACCAGAAAGUCAUGCACCAAACACAAAAACAAUUGCAAACUAUUUGUUUG